AUGUCUCUCCCAUACUCCUUGUUGUUCUUACUUGGGGUGGUGAUACUCACCGCCACCCCUUCUCUUGCUGAACACCCCAAGCCACCCACUUACGAGCACAAACCACCCAUUCCUCUCCCAUACAAGAAGCCGCCACCCAAAUACACGCCGCCAAAGCCUUUUUUCCGGCCACCUCCAGUCGGAAAUCUUCCACCAUUCAAGAAGCCACCACCGGAGCACCAACCACCAAAGCCAGUAUUCAAGCCACCACCAUUUGGAAAGCACCCACCGUUCAAGAAGUCGCCACCGGUGCACUUGCCGCCAAAGCCAGUAUUCAAGCCACUUACGGUGGUAAAGUUUCCCCCCAACUACAAGUCACCAACUCCAUUCAAGAAGCCACCACCAAAGCCUUUUCACAAGCCGCCUCCGGUGAAGAAGCCGCCAUCAGAGUACAAGCCACCAACUCUGCCACCCAUUAUUGUUAGACCACCACCCAUCAAGCCACCAGUUCUGCCACCCGUUGUUGUUAGGCCACCGCCCACAAAAAAGCCAUUCCCACCUCAUGUCCCCAAAACACCAUCCGAAGAUCUCACUGAACGCCUUCUAUUCUCAUGGAAGCACAACCAAUUAACAACACUGAAGCUUAUAUGCAAUCUUAGAGGUGUUCGAGGUACCGGAAAGUCUGAUAAAAAAAAUUUCUACACUGCUGCACUUUGGCUUCACAAGCACCAUCCCAAAACCCUAGCCUGCAAUCUUGACAUUUUUGCAGAUUUUGGGUACUUCAAGGAUUUGCCUGAAAUUCUUUAUAGAAUUCUUGAAGGCCCUGAUGUUUGGGCCGCUGCGAAGAGAGAAUGGCACAGUAAAAAGAACGAUUUCAACCAUUUUUGCCAAUCGUCUAAAUCUGAUAUUCAAUGUUUGAAUUCCGAUGAGUUCAAGAAUAUUAGUCUAGCCGCAAAAUGGUGCCCUUCUAUUGAUUCUUCCGUUGAUAAGAUCUGCGAAAACAUUGCUAGAAGAUUAUUUUCCCUUGAGGACUAUAUAGAAUACGAAGAUAUUGAAGAAGCACAUUAUGCUUAUAGGGUUAGAGAUAGAUUGAGGAAGGAAGUUCUAGUUCCUCUUCAUAAGGUUUUGGAGCUACUGGAGCGGUUUAAGGAGUAUCAUGAGAAUGUGAAGCUUGGUAAGGCCACAAUUGCAGCCGGAGCAUUACUUCCCCAUGAGAUUAUUGUGUCAUUGAAGGAUGGAGAUGGUGGACAAGUUGCAGAGCUUCAAUGGGCUAGAUUGGUGGAUGACUUGAAAAAGAAAGGGAUAUCGACGAAUUGCAUUGCUGUGUGUGAUGUUUCUAGUAGCAUGAAUGGGAUUCCAAUGGAGGUUUGUGUUGCAUUGGGAUUGUUGAUUUCAGAGCUAAGUGAGGACCCAUGGAAGGGAAAGUGA